AUGCCGCCGCCGCCCGCGGAAGCGUCCGGCGCCGCGGCCGCGGCCGCGCCGGUCUCUCGGACGGAGACCGCGGCGCUGGUGUUCAACUACCUCCGAUCCAACGGCUUCCACGCGGUGCGCCGCACCCCCCCCCCGCGCUUCGACGCUCGGACGCGACGACGACGAGCGAAGAUUUCGAAUCCCGCCCGUCGCGAUCGAUCGUCGGAUCGAUCGGUCGCCUCCCCGCCUCCCCGCCUCCCUCCGUCCACCCCGCAUCGCUCGCCUCGCCCCUCACCACAUCGCAUCCGCACCCCAUCGCGCGUCAUCGCGCCCAUCGUCAUCGUCGCGCAGACGCUGACGCUGUUCAAAGAGGAAGCGCGACCGCUCCUCGCGCCGUUCAAGAAUCGCGUCCCGAACGGCGUCAAGGCCCUCGACGAGAUCUGCAACGAGUACGUCGAGCUGACGGAGAGAGAGUCGCGGCGCGACGCCGCGUGCGCGCGAAACGCGCUCGCGAGGAAGAUGUACGACGCGAUGGAGGAGUACGUCGUCGCGAUGAGGGACGACGGCGCGGCGGAAGAGCGCGCGGGACCGUCGACCGUCGCGGCGGCGACGCCGUCGUCCGAAGAACGUUCGGCGACGGCGGCGACGCUCGCGACGCUCGCGACGCGCACGCCCGCGCAGCCGCCCGGCGGCGGCGACCGCCGCGACCGCGCCUCCUCUCUCGCCGCGCGGACGCCCACGGCCGCGGAGAAGAUGCCGCCGCCGCCCGCGCGGAGCCCCGGCCGCGGCCGCGAGGGCCGAGGCGGACGAAAAAACGCGAGGGCAGCGCCGCGGAGAUACGCCGCCGCCGCCGAGUUCGCGGGCGCGGGGGGCGGGCCGGGCCCGGGGCCAAGCGCGGCGUCGACGUCGACGUCGUUCGGGAGCCCCGGCGGGGGCGCCGCUUCUUCUCCCGGCGGCGGGAACGGGAACCUCGGCGCGGCGUUCGACGGAGCGUGGGCGAACGGUCACCAGCGACGAGGCGGCGGCGGCGGCGGCGGCGGCGCGACCGAUCACCUCGGGUCGCUCGGGGACGACCCGACGCCCGCCUCCGACGCCUCAUCGUUGUCCGGGCAGUGGCGGAGCUGGGAACUCCCGCGGGAGCUGUGCGACGAGAAAGUCCAGGCGAAGCUCGCGGAGUUCAUCGUCGGGCACAUGCAGGCGGAGGGAGUCGCGGACGGCGGCGGCGGCGGCGGGAUCGGGAUCGGGGGGACAUCGCCGAGAGGGGCCGCGCCCGCGAACGCCGCCGACGUCGCGCUCGAUUCGGUCGAUCAGUUUGGAAAGAUCGACGUCGAUUACGUCAUGGACUCGCUGUUCGAGGACUACGAGAACAACGAGCUGGGGCGGAUGUUCGCGCCUUUGUUGAGCGGCGCCGGCGCCGGCGGCGGCGGCGGGAGGCGGUCGGUGAGCGCGACGCCGUCGCCGCUCGCCGCCGCGUCCAAGGCGCGGAUAGAGGGCGGAAAGGAGGGGGCUGAGGAGACCGCGGGUCGGGACGCGGGCGCGGGCGCGACGACGACGAGCGGAACGGAGGGGAAGGGCGCGGACGACGCGGCGCCGGCGCCGGCGGGAACGCUUCUUCGCGCGUCGGGGAAAGCGAACGCCGCGGCGCGUCCGCCGCCGCCGGCGCCGGUGACGACGACGACGACGACGAGUAAGAAACGCGCGCGCGAGGGGGGCGCCGCGGGGGACGAGGAGAACGACGGGUUCGAAGACCCUCCGGAGGCGGCGGCGAGCGCGAACGAAAACGAAAACGCAAACGCAGACGCCGCCGACGCCGCCGCGCCGGCGAAAUCUGGGCUGCCUCCCGAGCUCACCGGGAUCGACCUGGACGGGUUUUUGGGGACGAUCGAGUACUGA